AUGUCGUCUUUAAAAAGUUUUGUACUUUUUUCCUCAUUGCUACUCCUUGUUUUUGGGUAGACCUGCAUAGACCAUAGCGGAAAUGCUAUAGAUUGGUGGUUUAUUCUCAAGAUGCCAACAGAUAAAACUUUUAGUGUUAGAGGAAUGGACUAUUUGUAUUGCGAUGCCAACAAUAAUUGUGGUACUUUUGAUUGGCAAACUGAUCAAUUGGACGAUUUGACAUCUCCAUUAUAAAGAACUAUAGCUUAAAUAGAUUUCCAUGAUGAUAAUGUAAUGAGCGUCCUUUGGAGCGAUUAACCUUGGAACAAGAAUACUAUCUCCGACAGAGCCCAUUCAAAGGGUAUUUUGAGCGCCAACAUCAAUGGAGACGCAUUUCUUAUCUCUCACUCCACACCCACUUUCCCAAUGCUUGAUGACGCAUACGAUCAAAUAGUAUUGGGAAUGCCUUCCUCUUCCUAAGUGUACGGUCAACACUAUAUGUGCUUGUCUAUUACAACUACAGAAGCUAACAGAUUGGCGACCGAAUACAUCAUUGCUGAAACACUUACCAAUAGAGCUAACAGUCCUGCUGCCUUUGCAACAGCUUUCCCUCAACUAUAUUAACUUAAAACUAACUCAAGAACCAAAACCUAUAAAACAGAAUCUGGAACUGUUUUAUCAGCAGCCCUAUAAGAUUCAAUCUAAAUAUCUUCUAAGGGAGGAUUCAAACUAACAGCCUAUUCCAAAAAUGAAAACCUAGUCGAAGACUUCUAUGCUGAUGUUGUCGCCCCUGCUCUAGGAUUAGACUUGAUCAUGGAAACCUGGGGUAAUGGAACUGGUGGUCUCUAAGAUCCUGUAUGCGAUUAAGUCCCUAAAUCCUAUUCCAAUUUAGUCAGAUAACAUGGAGCCUUUUCCUUUUCAUACACCAAGGAUCAUUCCAAAUACGGCUUAACUGCUACUUCAAACACUGUAUGCUUUUGUGAUUUGAAUAGAUAAACCACCUAAUAAAAGAGAGGAGGUGUGGUUUAUUGUCUUUAACACAAUAGUUUAUGGAGCCUCAUUAACUAAUCAUUUAUAAGUAGGCAAUCAUGCUGAUUUAAUUAUAAAAAUAAAAAAAAUUUUUUAUUAAAACAAACCAUAUUAA